AUGACGAGGAAUGUGAGUUUAGAUUCAGUGGACCAAAAACUAGCUUUGGCUAAGAGUUGCGCUCAUGAAGGGGUAGUUGUUGGAGAAAGAGCAGUUGUCAUUGCAUCGGUUGCUACUGCCAUACCAACAUUGUCUAAGAUUCGAAUGACUCCUUGGAAAAGAACCUUUUUGAAUCCAACUGUGAAAGCACUCAUUGUCUCCACAGCUGCUGGCAUGGCGUAUUUUGUUGUAGCUGACAAGACUUCUCAAAACAGUUAUGCAAAACUCCUUCGAACAAGCCUAAUUAAGGCUCAUAAUUGA